CCACCAUGAUGGUCACUCACUACUUCCUGCCCGCCGAGGACGCGCCCCCGGACGACGAGGCCUCGGGGGUCCCGGACCACUCUCAGCUGCGGCGCCAGGAGCUGCAGCCGGGCACGGCGUACAAGUUCCGCGUGGCCGGGCUCAACGCCUGCGGCCGCGGCCCCUUCUCGGAGCUGUCGGCCUUCAAAACCUGCCUGCCCGGCUUCCCCGGGGCUCCCUGCGCCAUCAAAAUCAGCAAGGUGACCCCACACCCACGGCAGGGACCCCAGACCCACAGCGGGACCCCAGACCCAAACCUGACCCCAGACCCAAACCUGACCCCAGACCCAAACCUGACCCCCGACCCCGUCCCUGCCCGGCUUCCCGGGGGCUCCCUGCGCCAUCAAAAUCAGCAAGGUGACCCCAGACCCACGGCGGGACCCCAGACCCACAUCUGUAACCCAAACCUGACCCCAGACCCACAGCAGGGACCCCAGACCCAAACCUGACCCCAGACCCUGUCCCUGCCCGGCUUCCCCGGGGCUCCCUGCGCCAUCAAAAUCAGCAAGGUGACCCCAGACCCACAGCCUGACCCACAGCGGGACCCCAGACCCAAACCUGACCCC